UUGAUUAAAUUAGAUUAUUAUUUCGUAAGAAUAAUUUUGUAAAUAUUUAUUGAGUAUAAGCAUUGAAAAUAUUACAAAAUGUCAAACGAAACAAUUACGUCUAUAAAUGAUCAGGUAAUUAAAAUUGAACCACCAGAAUAUUCAGCAGAAGACAUUAAAAGCGAAAAUGAUGAUGAAUUUGAUGCUAUUGUUAAAUCUGAAUCGUGUUCUGAGGAUAAUGAUGCAUGUUUAGAAAGAUUCAUGAAUUCCGAGGUGACAAUUGAAGAUGAAGUCAAACAGGAGUCUUUUGAUUGCGACAUUUGCAAUCAAUCGUUUACAGAUUCCCAUCAUCUAACAAAACACAUGGUCGACCACAAGCCUAGCUAUAGUGAAGAACGUCCUUACGAAUGUGAAAUCUGUCAAAAGACUUUCAAAGAUACACUUGUUUUGAAAAAUCACAUGACCAUUCACACUGGUGAGCGUCCACAUAAGUGCAAUGCAUGCAAUAAGCGAUUCCUUCAUGUAAGCCAACUGAAAAGUCACUUGUUCAUUCAUAUUGGUGAGCGUCCCUAUGAGUGCAGUAUAUGCAAGAAGACGUUCACACUAAAAUGUAAUCUGACAACUCACAUGCUCAUUCAUAUUGGUGAGCGUCCCCAUAAGUGCAAUGCAUGCAAUAAGACGUUCAUAACUACAAGUCAUCUGAAAGGUCACAUGCUCGUUCACAGUAGUGAACGACCUCAUGGGUGCAGUAUAUGCAAGAUGACAUUUAAACAAUCAGCUAGUCUGAAACAACACAUGGUUAGUCACAGUGAUGAGCGGCCCUAUGAAUGCAGUAUAUGCAAUAAGACAUUCGCAAGCUCAAAUUAUCUGAAGAGACACAUGAUGAUUCAUAGCAGUGAGCAACCUCAUAAAUGUGUAAUAUGCAAUAAGACAUUCACAUAUUCAAGUAGUCUGAAAAGUCACAUGCUGGUACACAAUAAAGUACGUCCUCAUGAAUGCAAUGUAUGCAAUAAGGCGUUCACACAAUCAAAUAAUCUGAAACAACACAUGCUCAUUCACAGUGAUGAGCGGCCCCACAAAUGCACUAUUUGUAACAAGACAUUCAGAAAUCCGAGUAAUCUGAAAAAUCACAUGCUGAUUCAUACAGGAGAGCGUCCUUACAAAUGUGAAAUAUGCAGUAAAGCAUUUACACAAUCAAUCGAUUUGAAGAGACACAUGGCACGUCAUAAUAGAAAGCGUGUUAAAAAUCAGUAAAAUAUCUGUUAAAUUGAAUUUAAAUAUUUGUAAACAUGUUAUAAAAUAUUCUUACUUAUAAUAGAAUGUAUAAAUAG